CAGAAAAGUAUCGCCUGAAGUGGAGGAACCUGUCACUCAGGACUGAGGGGCUGUCAAUCCUGAUGUGACGUUUCGCGUUCCACUGGCUGGCAAGGGAUUCCGCUGAUUGACAGGUUCGCCGCCUGCAGAACCCAUUCCGAAGAUGGUAAAACUAACGGAAGCUCAGGUGCUUGCCAGAGCACGAGGGUCUUCCCGGACCGCUAUUACAGACCUAGCAAGUGUCAGAAACCUCAACCUCUGGGGUCAGAACCUUUCCGAUGUGUCCAUAUUGCAGCGGUUGCCUAAUUUGGAGGUCUUGUCGUUGGCCAUAAAUUCACUAACAACUCUCACAUCCUUCAAAAACCUCAACAACCUCGUCGAGCUGUAUCUACGGCGCAACAACAUCUCCGACAUCCGCGAAGUGCAGCAUAUCCGACAUCUACCGAAACUGAGAGUACUAUGGUUGAGCGAGAACCCGCUGGCCGAUGAUCCGGAUUACAGGAAGAAGACGAUCGCGUUGCUGCCGCAGUUGCGAAAGUUGGAUGAUAGGGAUGUGACGGAGCGGGAACGGAGCGAGGCCAAGGCUUUUGGUGGGGUAGGGGAUUUUGCAUAGGAAAACUACCAGCUGCAGAGCCCGCAUUCUGCAGGACACGCCUACCAACCAUCGUCGUAUGGCGGAGCAGCCGUCUCUCCAUCGCGGCCGACGGAAGC